UUUUCUGAAUACUGACUAAAGUUUGCAAAUGGAUGCUAAUUUCUAAUAAAUCUUUCCAAAAAUUUCACACACACCCCUGAGGGCCUUUAUGUUCCCCCAUUUGAAAACCACUGGUCUCUGUGAUGGAGUAGAAUCAUAUAAUUUAUUUUCAUACAUUGUUGAUGCAUCCAUCUAGAUGUUUCACCCAAACACCUUUCAGUUGCUCUGUGCAAACAUGGAGUACAUCUGCAAUGCUAAUGCCCCAAGAACGGUUUCCUCGCCCUCUGACAAACCCGACCCUGUCCCCGGUGAAAUGUGAUGCCUGAAUGAUUUGAUUUGGCCAACUCUCAGGAAGCCACUUCCUCGCAGCAGCUGAACAAGAGUCCAUGCUCGAUGCAGUUAUGACCAGCAGUGCAGCAAAUUCCUACCUUUUUGUUACGUGGUGGUUGGUUUAUUCUAAAUAAAUAUGGUUUUGUACUUUUUGAAUAAUUAACCUACAGCGUUAAAUCUGUUAAAAUGGGGCCUGCCGGCCUAAUCGCCCUAAUGUCUUAUUAAAAAAUCCACAAGCAAAGAUAUUUGUCUUGUCAGGCUCCCAGUGGGCUGAUUAAACACUAAAUGGUUUACACUGAGAGAUGAUGUCAUGGCUCAAGGCUCUCAUUUGCUGAUGGCUCCUUGAGGACUCAAACUUCAGCCCUGAGAGGUCUGACCUCUUUUCUCUCCACAAAAGGAAUCAAGCUGGCAGGCUGUCAACUACCAAUGGCACUCAUAGAAAGAAAAACAAAAAGACAGUCAUUUGCUCUUUACUUUGCUCCCUCCCAUUCGGCACACGCCUAUGUCAACUUUGGACAGAGUUGACCCAACUAGCAUUACAUUUAACCAGCACCUUUGUAAUUGCCCUGUGGGCUCCUACAGGCCAUUAUGCUGGAUUUCUGCUGGCUGUGGGCGUGUGAAUGGGGAGGGGGUUGGGGCCCUGUCCCUCUGUAUGUGUGUCUCUCUCGCUCUCUCUGUCCUCCUCUAAGCCAUUUUCAGACAUUGGAUAGGUGACUUUGCUAGCUUCCUCCAUGUGGCAUUUUGUCAUUCUGACUUUUAGGUUAAUGUCCAUGCUGGCAGGAGACCUUAUUUAUUGUAAGUGGCAUUUUGGUUUAAUUUAAGACUGAUCUGAUAUGAGAAGAUUGAUCUCAACAUCCUAAAACUAACUCUCUCUCUAACUCUGUAAUUCCUUGUUUAAUGAGAGCUAGUUUGUGAUUUAAGAGGAGUAAGUAUAGAUACAUUUAUAUAUUGAUGCUAUAGGAGGUAAUUACCAGACAAGCAAGUAUUCUUAGUCUGUCUCUCACUUGAUCUCUCUCUCUCGCUCUCUGUUUCUCAACUUAAGACUUGUGUCAUGUUAAAAGUGAUGUGGGAAUGUUAUAUGAUGCAACCUAGUACGGUGCAUCUCUGAAAGGAACUCUUAUUUGAUGCACAGAUCAGGUCUCCUUCUUCCUGACACUGAGUGGCGGUGAGAGCUAUCAGGUGAUCUGGUGUCCACCCCCAGCAAUACAGAUACAGUACGUGGAGGUGGGACGGCGCUGUGCUAAGAGGCGGUUUUGCCUAAUUGCCUCCUUUCAGCCUCACUGCAGCGCAGAGUGAGAGCGGGCAAGCGAGCGAAAGGGAGAGGGGAGAAUAGAGGUAGAGUCUCGGUCCGUCCCAGCUGACGCUGGCAGUGCUGUCAGACGUGUGUUUUUAUGCUUUUUACAAAAGCUCUCUUUUGCAAUGUUGUGUACUCGGCCAUGCAUAGGCUACAGAUCCUGUUCAAACUCUGAACACUGCUUGGCUUCAAAAAGGGGGGUGAUCAAAGUUUAUAAUGAGGAUAACACCAGCAGGGCAGUGGAGGUUCCCAGUGACAUCACUGCCCGGGACAUAUGCCAGCUGUUUGUCUUAAAGAACCACUGCAUUGAUGACCACAGCUGGACCCUUUUUGAACACAUCUCUCAUCUGGGAAUAGAGAGAACCAUUGAAGACCAUGAGUCUGUUAUGGAGGUGCUGUCAGGCUGGGCAAUUGACACGGAAUGCCGCCUCUAUUUUAGGAAGAACUUUGCAAAAUAUGAAUUCUUCAGGAAACCCUUGGCCUUUUUCCCAGAUCACAUGGUCUCCAUAUCCAGUGAAACCAAUGGGGCGGUGGAUCACUCUCUGCUCAUACAGACCUUUCUCAACUCCAGCACUUGUCCAGAGAUCCAUGGACACCUCCAUGCCAAAGAGCAGAGCAGGAAGUCUUGGAAGAAGUUUUAUUUUGUCCUGCGUAGGUCGGGACUUUAUUUUUCCAAUAAGGGAACUUCCAAGGAACCAAGACAUCUCCAGUUCAUCGCCGAUUUCAGUGACAGUGAUGUCUACACAGUGUUGUCAGCCAAAAAGCUACACGGAGCGCCUACGGAUUGUGGCUUCUGUGUCAAGUCCACUAAAUGUAGUUCAGCCCGGGACUUGAAGCUGCUUUGUGCGGAUGACGAGCAGACCAGGACCUGCUGGAUCACAGCCAUGCGCUUGUUAAAGUAUGGGAUGGAACUGUACCAAAACUUCAUUCAGCCACACCAGAAACAAAAAGCUUCACCAAUGAGAAGUAUCUCAGAGAAUUCACUGGUUGCGAUGGACUUUUCCGGCCAAAAGAGUCGGGUAAUUGAGAACCCGUCCGAGGCGCUGUCUGUGGCUGUAGAGGAAGGCCUGUCAUGGAGGAGAAAGAGCUGCCACCGUCUGAGCAGCCAUGGCAGCCCCUCCACAUCACAGAGCUCAGUGUCCAGCAUAGCCCUACACUUGGCUCAGUCCUGGUUCCACGGCAAACUGUCUCGGGACGAGGCUCAGCGUCUAAUCACUCAACAGGGUCUUAUCGAUGGAGUUUUUCUUCUGAGAGACAGCCAAAGCAACCCGAAAACAUUCGUCCUGUCGCUUUGCCACAUGCAGAGAAUCAAACACUUUCAGAUCUUACCUGUGGAUGACGAAGGGGAGUUAUUCCACAGUCUGGAUGACGGUCACACGCGGUUCUCCGACUUGAUCCAGCUGGUGGAGUUUUACCAGCUAAACCGAGGGGUGUUGCCCUGCAAGCUCAAACACCACUGUGCCCGGAUAACCCUGUGAACGGGGGACCCGAGGCCCCCGAGGGCCCACUUGCACCUUUACUCCAGGGCCGUUCUGGACGUACACUCGCUGGUAACUUGUGCCUUGAAGAAGAAAGAUAUACUGACUCAACAGCCAUGCUAACUAAAACCACUGUUAUCAUGCACUAUUGUCCCCAUUCACACUUUGCCGUGUGGUUGCUCCUUAUUUUUAUAUUUCGGACAAAGUUGAAUUUGACAAUAGACCACAUGAUAACUGAAAACGUGCUGAAAAAGAUGAUGUGUUUGUUGAUUGUUAAUCUUCGUGGCCGUAAAUCCAUUGUGCAAAGACAAACAUGACUUAUGUAUUUUGUAUUGUAGAGCUCAACGUGUACUGCAAACGGCUCGUGAUUCCAACAUCAUGACACCAUGAUGAGAGAACAUCCUACAGUAGCUUGCAUUUGAGUUUUCACUGAAGACAAUUUAAUCAAAUGUCUUCUGCAAUGUGUGUACAAUAAUUAAAUACACAAACACCUGUCCUCGUUUUUAAUUAGAAAGCAUAUCAUUCUGUGAAUUGUUGUACACAACACCUGUCAUGUCAAAUUUUAGUAAAACUAAGCUAUCUUACAUUUCAUUGUCAUUGUAUUUCUAAGCAUUCAGGUAUUUCUUUUAAAGAACAGAGUGCUUAGACAACCUAUCAGGAAGUAUCUGCAUGCCUUGUGAGCUGGACUGAGACUGCUGUAGAGAGAGAGGGAGAGGGAGGGAGAGGGAGGGAGAGAGAAUGUACAGCUGGAGGGGAAUGGCACACAACCUCACUAGCCCGCACUGUAAAUUCAUUGUAAACGAUUGUGAUUAAAUGAGAUGUUUCUAUUACAUGAAAUAAGUUGAAGCAAGGGGGUGAAAUACGUAUUUCACAAAUUUUAGAUUGUAGCCAUUUACGAUGGAAAUCCAAAAUACUGUGUGACUGUCAUAUAUGAAUUCAGUUCAAUUGAAAUUUAAGUUUUAUAUUUUCCAAAGAUUCAGGUAUACAGUUUUCCACUGCUGUGGAUAAAUAUUGUUUCAGGUAUUGUUUGUUUUCAAUAAGCCAGUGAUGCAUCAGCUUCUAAAAACUACAUUUUAAAUCAGUGACAUAAUUGAAAUUACCAACUUCUGUUUAAUUGUUUUAUUGUUUUUUUCCAGCUGGACAACAGUGCAUUGAACAAUGAAUGUCAUGGACUGCGUAGUUUUAUAAAAAAAAAAGUAUUUGUAAA